AUGGCAGCCAUGAUCAAGGACUACGUGGAGAAGUGCAAAACCUGUUUGGAGACACAGCCGGCGAAGAAGAAAGAGGAACUGCUGCUGAAGAAAGUGCCAGAAUACCCAUAUCAGAUCGUGGCCAUUGAUCUAUUCCACUACGGAGGGGAGGAGUACAUCGUAGUGGCAGACUCCUUCAGUGGAUUCUUCGAGUUUCGGCGCCUGAGAGACACAAGCUCAGACGCGGUAGUGGAAUUCCUCAAAGAGCAAUUUGCUGCUCAUGGCUGCCCGGAGAUCCUGGAGACUGAUGGAGGCCCACAGUAUUCAUCAAAAGUAUUCUCGGAGUUCGCCAAGAAGUGGGGGUUCCGUCAGGAGAAAUCUAGCCCCAGAUUUCCGAGAGCCAACGGCCUGGCUGAGAGAUAUGUGCAGAUCGCCAAGAAGAUGCUCAGGCGAUGUCAACGAGAGGGCGAAGACGUGCGCCAUGCGUUGGUGAUGGCUAGAAAUACUCCGAAGGAAGGUCUGGAUUCUCCAGCGGAGCGCCUCAUUGGAUGGAAGACGCGCAAUGGGCUCUGUGCAGCUAAGAAGCUCGUGACGCCGGAGACAGCAUCAACAGUUGCGUCACGAAUCGAGACAGAGAGGCAGCAGCAAAAGAAGUACGCUGAUCGAGGGGCUCAGACAUUCAAGGAGCUGUCUGAGGGUCAGCGAGUGAUGCUACAAAAUCCGGAUGGCACUUGGAGGUCCGGAGGAGUGAAAGCCAGGAAGGGGUCGCGCUCCUACAUUGUAGCGCUUGACGAUGGUCGGGAGUUGUGGAGAAAUAGCCAUUUUCUCAAGCCCACCAACGUCACCACAACCAUCAUUCCCGAUGACUACCGCAGACCAGUACAGAUGCCGGAGACGAGAUUGCUGCAGAGCUCACAGUCCCAGUUUGAAGCUCUGAGCGCGCCAGAAGAGCAGCCACAAGUGCCACGAGACUACUCAGCAGUCGGAGAGAAGCCAAAUUCCCUCCCAGUACAGUCUCAAGCCUCAUCGCAAAACAGGAGUUCACUUGUGGAGCAACCCAGAUCAGUUGUUGUCGUUUCCGGCGUUCCAGAGGGAGGCAGAGGAGAUGGACCAUACAUUAUACGCUCGGGCCGAGCUGUGAAGAAACCCGACAGACUGGAUCUCUAA